CAUGGAUGCUCUGUGGAAGGUAGAAGACAAGACGAAGAUAUCGACUGUAGGAGCAGUAGUCGUUUUCGCAUGCAUAAUCUUUCUCCUUAUAAUCCUCCUCACCGUAAUACUAUUACUGGCCAAACUCAAGAGGCGAAGACGGCCGGCCGAUAAUCAACCGGAGCCGGAGCCAGCUGCUGAAUGUAACCCAGUUGUACCACCACCUCUGAAUCAAACAAACUCCGGCGAGGUGAGGCAGAGUCAUAAUUCUUCUUCGCCAUGGCCGCCGGUACUCUGGCAAAGGCCGAUCUUAAUGGGGGAGAAAUGCGAGCUGCCGCGUUUCAGUGGACUCAUUCUAUAUGAUCAGAGAGGUACGCUGGCGGCUACCUCUAGAUCAUCUUAAUUACUUCAAGGGUCAGAUCAAUUGGAUUUGAAAGGAUGUGUAUAUUUUAAAUAUUAUACCUUUAUUUUUUAUUUUAUUUUUUUAAAGGGAAAUAUUAUAACUUUAUUAUGUUAU